AUGUAUAUAACUCCAAACAAAUACCCUCAGGUAAUACUAGACAUUAAAAAAACAUCAUUAUCUCAUAGCACUUGUAAAUUGGUCAUUUUUGUUUCAUGUUUAGAUGUUGAUGCAUUAUGUGCAGCUAAAGUAUUAAGUUUACUAUUUAGAAAGGAAUUGAUUCAAUAUCAAUUAAUACCGGUCGUAGGCUAUAGUGAGCUAAAGAAUCAUUACGAGAAAUUAGAUGUUGAAGUUUUAAAUGUUUUAGUAAUUGGUUGUGGUGCCAUGUUAGAUUUAGAAGAAUUUUUUGAAAUCACAUCAAGAAGAAAAAUUUAUUGCAUUGAUGGUCAUAGGCCGUGGAAUUUGGAUAAUAUAUUUGGGUCUAAUAAUAUUAUAUGCUUAGAUGAUGGUUCAAUUGACUCAAAUUUGCAAAAAGAAAAGACAUCCUAUCAAUUUUUGCUUGAUAAUAAUGAAUCGGAGUCCGAAUCUGAAGAAGAAUCAGCGAAUGAAUUAACUGAUGUUGAUUCAUUAGCAGACGAAGAAAUAAUUAUUAGAUCUCAAGAUUCUGAGGAAACUGUAACUCACAAGAGAAUGCAACACAAAGAACAACUAAAUCGACAAAAUAAACAACGUCGGAAAGAGAUAUCAGACUGUCAAGAAAUCAUUCAAUCUUAUUAUAAUCAAGGGUAUACAUUAUCAACAUCAAAUUCAGCCACAGUUUAUGCAUUGAUUGCAUCCAUAGGUGAAACCAAUCUUGACAAUUUGUGGUUAUCAAUUAUUGGAACAUCAUCACUCGAUUUAAAUUAUCCCGAAAUUUAUGAUAAACUUUUUCCAAUGUUAAAAGAUGAAGUAAAAAGAAAUCAAUCUAUUUCUGCUGAUGUUACUAUAAGUAUCGAAAAAGAUUAUCAAUUAUUCUUACUACGACAUUGGACGUUAUAUGAUUCAUUUUUUUAUUCAAGUCAUGUUAAUUCAAAAUUAAAUCUUUGGACAGAAGAUGGUAAAAAGAAAUUACACAAAUUAUUUGCUAAAAUGGGAAUUUCAUUGACUAUGGCACAAGAAAAAUGGUUAUAUAUGGAUGCUAAAAUGAAAAGACAAUUACCAAUUGUAUUUAAUAAAUAUCUUCCAAUGUAUGGAUUAGAGAGCAUAGUGAGAGUAGGUUUUGUGAAAUCAUUUGGUUUUAUAGGACUGUUAUCAGCAAUGGAAUGUGUAGAAGCAUUAACUGCUUUAUUAGAACAAGGUAAAAAAAUAGAUGAUAAUGAUGAAGUUCAAAAUGAAAAUGAAAGGAUUCAAAAUCAAAUUAAAUAUAAAGAAAAACAAUGGAUAAAUAAUUUUUGGUCUUCAUGGGAUGCAUUAAGUAAAAAAGAUUUACUACUUCAAGGUAUUGAAUAUGCAAAAAUGGUUCAACAGAUAAUUUUUCGAACAGGUAUGUCGUUGUUAGAAAGAAAAAUGAUUAAAAAUUUAAAACUUUAUCGAUUAUGUGUUUUAAAUGAUGGUGCAAUUCCAGAUUUGGAAAUUUUUAAUAAUCCAUUAAUGUUGUCAAAAUUGGGUGCAUGGCUUAUAGAAAAUUUAACUGAGUUGGAUUUUGUUAAUGGAAUAAAAGCUCUAAAACCUUUAGUUAUUGCAAGUUUGGAUGCUAAUAGUGAUAGUUAUUUAGUUAUUGGAGUUGCACCAAAAUAUCCAAGAGGUUUAAAUAUUUCAGAAAAGGCAAAAUUAGUGCAACAAAAUGGGAAUAAUAUUGCAACAACAAGACUCAAUACAUUUAGUGUUGCAUUUCAACAUCUUUCAAAUACAUCAGGUGCAAAAAUUCGUAUUGAUAGUUUUAAUAGUUCAGUUAUUGAAAUUAGAAAAGAUGAUUUAUCACCAUUUUUAGAAAAAUUAACACUAAGUGGAUUAAUAUAA